UUCUUCCUUUUCGCUCUCGAGAGUGUCUGUACAAAACCUUCCCUAAGUUCCUUCUAGCUACUUGCAGGUAUUUUCUGACUCAUUCAACCACAGCUGUUUUCAGAUGUCUGAAAACAUGGAACAGUUCUCUCCGGAGCUGCCAUCAUCAUCCCCUCUGAUUCCGUCGCUUCCAGACGACGUCACGGUUGAUAUCGUGGCACGUGUACCCAUAAGCCAUUACCCGACACUCUCCCUCGUCUCCAAGAAGUUCAGAAAACUCAUCGCCUCCCCAAAUCUCUACAAGAGGCGAUCCUUCUUAGGCAUCACCCAACACCGCGUCUAUGCUAUCCUCCGCAACCGCAGCUACUCCGGUGACUGCCGUUUCUACAUCCUCCACCGGAAACUCGACUGCUGUAGUAGUAACCACCACCGCUUGGUCAUCGUACGAUCACUCCCUCCCAUGUCUUACCGUGCAAGCUUUGCCUCGGUGGGUUCGAAGAUAUAUGUGUUCAACGAGGUUGAUGCCCUCAGCAUCGACUGUAACUCGCACACGGUGCAGCCCAUCUCCGACAUGCCUCAGCGCUUCUCGUCGUCUCCCAUGUCUAGUAUAGUUGCUAACGUCAUCGGCGGGAAGGUUUACCUGAUCGGUGAUUCCGCAGUCGUUACGAGUGGUGGGAUGUCGUGGAGGAAAACAGUGAUGGUGCUUGAUACAGAGACGCAGACGUGGGAGCCAGUGGUGAUGGUGAAACAAGACAUGCGGGUUGGUGCGCUUUGGUCUGGUGCUGUGGUGAUGGAGGAUAAGAUUUGCAUGAAAGGUUAUAGGAAUAAACAACGUUCUUUUGUUUAUGGACCAGAGGGAAACAAGUGGGAAUCGAUGGGGGAGGUGAUGAACUCUAAGGAGUGGGGGGAGGGUGCAUGUGUGGUUGAUGAUGUCUUGUACUAUCUUGAUUGCUCAGAGAAGGCGUUGAGGGCGUAUGAUCCAAAGCAGAGCCGUUUGAGUGUUGUCGACGGUUUGGAAGAGUUUUUGGCGUGUGAGUGUGUCAUGUCAGAGUUGCCUAAUGUGGUGAAGAGCGGUGAGAAGAAGAUGGCUCUCUUCUUUCCUAAGAAACAUGACGGCAAGGAGGUCAUUUGCUGUGCGGAGAUUGCUUUGGAAAGGCACCAAGGUGGAGAGAUUUGGGGUAAGGUCAAGUGGUGUGAUGUUGUCGUUGAGGAUGGGCUGUUUGACAUUGUCAAUUGUGUGGCUGUCACGGUUUGAUGAUGCCAGCAUAAUAAUAAUUAAUCAUCUCUGUUUGUAGAUCCCUUCAUAUUUUUAAUUAUCCUAAAUGACAUCUCGUGUGGUUGUAAGUUUGCUAACAUCGUUUAUGUUAAAGACUAAAAACUUGUGCUA